UUUUUAAGAACUAGCAUGAUCCUUUUUACCAUUUUCGCUGUGGUUCUCCUGCUGGUGGCUGUUGCGGCGGCCGAUAAGUUGCCCCUCGACAACGCCCACUUCGCCAUCCUCCGCAGCGAUCAACACAACCCCAACUCCGAGGGCGCCCACAGCUUCGACUUCGAGACCGAGAACGGCAUCAACUUCCACGUGUCCGGCUCCCAGGGCGCCACCGGCGGCGCCAACAGCAUCGGCGACUGGAGCUAUCCUCUCCCCGACGGAGGCGUCGCGUCCUUCAAGUUCGUGGCCAACGAGAACGGCUACCAGCCCGAGUCCUCGCUCCUGCCCGUGGCCCCCGCCUUCCCCCACCCCAUCCCCGACUUCGUCCUUCGGCAGAUCGAGUUCGCCGAACAGCAGAGGGCAGCCGAGGCUCGCAAGGGCGCCCAGCAAUAAGUCCGGCGGCUGAUUGGCCUCGAAAGGCUGUGACCCAGAAAAUGCCAUUAUCCUUUUCUUAGAUCUAUUCAAUCACCUUACAAGAGCCGCCCCUGUCCAAUUGCUUCGGAUUAAUUUAUUAAAGAACGAAUAUGCAAACCUAA